CCUCAACAAACAAGUAAACACCAGACAACAUAAAUGAAUAAAGUGUAAAAAAACAAACAAAAAAACUAAAUAAGAGAUGUAAGAUAAUUAAUUCUUCAUGGAAUGUUUACUCUCGGGUUAAGGAAACAUUAACUGAGAGAUGAAGAAAAUUAACUGGAAAAUUGUGUGGUUUUUGCCUGCCCUCGUCUUCGUCCACACGGCCAGGAGCCACAAUGAGACCAUGCCAAGGUUCGGUAGACACGAUCACCUGGAGGUGCAGGCGGCCAUGGGGCGUGACGCUGUGUUGACCUGCACUGUACACAACAUUAUGCAUUACCAGACAGCUUGGCUUAAGAUGAAGAAAGGUAUCGUGAUCGCUAUGGGGGACGACGUGUUUACAGAGAAUCCCCGCAUCACCGUCCACCACUCCUCACCCCUGGACGGAGGAGGUGGGUCCUCACCAUCAAGAAUGUCAACAUGGACGAUACAGGCGACUAUAUGUGCUCCCUUAAUACUAAUGCCGCCGAAGAUCCUGGACGCCAACACGAGCAGUGACCUGGAGGUGGACGAGGGGGAACAAGUGAGCCUCUUCUGCGGCGCCAGCGGGAAGCCCGAGCCUUCCUACAGGUGGCGACGGGAAGACUCUCGUCUGAUCUACGCCUCGGGCAAGACAGAGUUGAUGGUGAUGGGUCGAGAGCUGACCAUCCCCCACCUGCUGAGGGAACACGCUGGGGCCUACCUGUGUAUAGCCAGCAACGGCGUCCUACCUUCAGUCAGCAAGAGGAUCCUACUGAGUGUAAGAUUCCAGCCUAUGAUCCGAGCCACGACAGCCCAGGUUUUGGUCAACUUGGGGUCCACGGUGAACCUGACGUGUGUGGUGGACGCCUUCCCCGAGCCCAAGAUGGUGUGGGUGAGGGACUUCGGCGACCCCAUCACCUCCCACCCUGGCCGAGGGGUCUACCACCUCCACCAACACACUGCCAGAGAGGUGCAGAAAUACGUACACGGGGUCAUGUACGUCAACUCAUCACGGUGGAUCAUGACGCUGGUAGUGGCUGACGUGCAGGAGGUGGAUCUGUUUGGCUACAGAUGUCGAGCCAACAACACGGAGGGGACAGCUGAGGCCAGAGUAGCUUUAUUUAGUAAGUUUAUUAAAGUUCCAUCAUAA